AUGACUGUCCGAGCAGGAAAGGAGAUCCCCUGGUCUUUCGGAUGGUUCAAGGUACAACUCUCCCACGGCCCAUGUCAUGGAGUUCGUCGCCGGUCGGACUGCCGCGACGAGGUCUGGCAAAUAAUGGACGGAUGGUUGUUGUGCCUCUACGAAACCACAAAACGUGGCAUCGUAGUGCGCGACAUCAGCUCCCGCAACAUCCUCAUCCGCUGGGGCGCCCCGCAGCCCGUCGAGUUCACCGAAUUUGCGUCUGGACGGAACUCCGAUGCUAUUGAACCGGGAGAGACUGCGAAGUUAUACGCGAGUGAGGGUGGCGAGAAUUGUCUGCGGACGGUAGUCGUGGUAUCGAGAUUAGCCUCAGACUUGCCUCAGACAUUGUCUCGAAAUGGCUUCGGAUCUUUUCGCCGUGAGGGCCUGGACGAAAGCUCUGCGUUAAUGCUUGCAUUUGGUGUGGUAUUCGGGGGUCCCUUAGAACGUUCUCUAGAAAUUCUUCCGACUUCAUAA